UAGCUGUUAGCUGCUGCUGCUUUUGCUCUGAGACAAGAGGGAGGGGGGAAAUAACAACCACUUCAAAUAAAAUAAAACUUAGAGCUGCAUUCACGUUCUCGUUCCGUUUUUUAUUUUCGUAUUUUUAUAAACGUUUCAGUAUUUCCGUUAGCGAGGCUAAAGCUCAGCUCAGGUUCCAGCUGGCUAACUGAAGAAAGCUAGCUUUACAUUUCCACUCCGCUUCUCGAGCUAGCCAGUUUCAGCGGUUAUAAAGCUAGCUACACGUUACGAACCGGACCGAGGCGAGAAACAGGAUCUCCAAACCAAACGAGUAUGAAAUAAAAACAGCCCUUCUGAUGAUACAGUGAUACGAGAAGGAUUAAACACACCAGAACAUGCUGUAAUAGCCCAUGGCUCGCUGUAAAGAACAGGAAAGAGGCAGAGGCCUGGCUGCUCGGCUCUUUUAACUGUGCUGGCUUAUGACCCGGCGCUGGGAGCUGCUCCAUUCUCCUCCUGCCCUGUUGAGCCGAAGGGCAGGGCACAGCACGGGAGUUUGGCUUGGCACCGCAGCACAGCAGGCACAAGGCGCAGCGGGUCGGAGAUAUGUCGGAGACCUCGGAUGCUGAUCACCCUCGCUUCUUCGUUGGUGCUGAUGAAGGAGAAGGAGAGGAGCUGCUGGACCCGGGCCGAGUGCUGGGCUACGACUGCCUCUAUGAGCAUGUUGAAGAGGAAGACGAAGAUGUGGACGAGGAAGAGUAUGACUCGCCUCCAGAGAGACAGAUAGUGGUAGGAAUCUGUGCCAUGGCCAAGAAAUCCAAGUCCAAGCCGAUGAAGGAGAUCCUGGAGCGUCUCUGUCUGUUUAAAUACAUCACGGUGGUCACGUUCGAGGAGGAGGUCAUCCUAAACGAGCCUGUGGAGAACUGGCCACUUUGCGACUGUCUUAUUUCAUUCCACUCCAAAGGAUUUCCACUGGACAAAGCUGUAGCUUAUGAAAAGCUCAGGAAUCCAUUUGUGAUCAAUGAUCUGGAUCUGCAGUACUGCAUUCAGGACAGGAGGGAAGUGUAUGGAAUCCUAAAGGCAGAAGGGAUCCAGCUUCCACGCUACGCUGUUUUGAACAGAGACCCAGCCAGACCAGAAGAAUGUAACCUGGUUGAGGGAGAGGACCAUGUUGAGGUAAAUGGGGAGAUUUUCCAGAAGCCAUUUGUGGAGAAGCCAGUAAGUGCUGAGGACCAUAACGUCUAUAUCUACUACCCCACGUCUGCAGGAGGGGGCAGCCAGAGGCUUUUCCGCAAGAUUGGCAGCAGAAGUAGUGUGUAUUCCCCUGAGAGUAGUGUCCGCAAAACCGGCUCUUACAUUUAUGAAGAGUUUAUGCCUACCGAUGGGACUGACGUUAAGGUGUACACAGUAGGUCCAGACUACGCCCACGCCGAAGCCCGUAAAUCUCCCGCUCUGGAUGGAAAGGUGGAACGAGACAGUGAAGGAAAAGAGGUGCGCUAUCCUGUCAUUCUCAAUGCUAGAGAGAAACUCAUUGCCUGGAAAGUCUGCCUGGCCUUUAAGCAAACAGUGUGUGGGUUUGACCUUCUCCGUGCUAACGGCCAAUCAUACGUCUGUGAUGUGAAUGGUUUCAGCUUUGUGAAGAACUCCAUGAAAUAUUAUGAUGACUGUGCAAAGAUUCUGGGGAACAUUGUCAUGCGAGAGCUGGCUCCUCAGUUCCAGAUUCCGUGGUCUAUCCCAUUGGAAGCAGAAGACAUUCCCAUAGUUCCCACCACCUCUGGGACAAUGAUGGAGCUGAGGUGUGUUAUUGCUGUGAUCCGACAUGGAGACAGAACUCCCAAGCAGAAGAUGAAAAUGGAAGUUCGACAUCAAAGAUUUUUUGACCUCUUUGAAAAAUACGACGGGUACAAAAGUGGGAAGCUGAAACUAAAAAAGCCAAAGCAACUUCAGGAAGUUUUAGACACCGCCAGACAGCUGUUGGUUGAACUUGGGCAAAAUAAUGAUACUGAAAUCGAAGAAAGCAAAGCCAAACUUGAGCAGCUAAAAACAGUCCUUGAGAUGUAUGGCCAUUUUUCAGGUAUUAAUCGAAAGGUCCAAUUAACAUAUCUUCCACAUGGCUGCCCAAAAACAUCAAGUGAAGAGGAAGAUGUGCGGAGGGAUGACCCGUCUUUACUAUUGGUGCUGAAAUGGGGUGGGGAGUUGACUCCAGCUGGCAGGGUACAGGCAGAGGAACUGGGUCGAGCAUUCAGGUGCAUGUACCCUGGAGGACAAGGUGACUAUGCAGGUUUCCCUGGCUGUGGCCUGUUGCGUCUGCACAGUACAUAUCGACAUGACCUGAAGAUCUACGCUUCUGACGAGGGGAGGGUUCAGAUGACCGCAGCCGCUUUCGCCAAGGGUCUCUUGGCACUGGAAGGUGAGCUGACCCCUAUCCUGGUGCAGAUGGUGAAAAGUGCCAACAUGAACGGUCUACUAGACAGCGACAGCGACUCUUUAAGCAGCUGUCAACAGCGGGUUAAAGCUCGUCUCCAUGAGAUCCUGCAGAAGGACAGAGACUUCACUCAGGAAGACUUUGAAAAGCUGGCUCCCACGACAAGUACAUCACUAGUGAAGUCAAUGCAGAUGAUCAAGAACCCGGUAAAGACGUGCGAUAAAGUUUAUUCCCUCAUACAAAACCUAAUGCUGCAGAUCAGACAGAGGAUGGAAGACCCUAAAUCAGCAGACAUCCAGCUCUACCAUAGCGAGACCCUGGAGCUGAUGCUACGCCGCUGGUGCAAACUGGAGAAGGAUUUCAAGAUGAAAAACGGGCGCUACAACAUCAGUAAGAUCCCGGACAUCUACGACUGUAUCAAAUACGACGUGCAGCACAACAGCUCACUUAAGCUCGACAACACCAUGGAGAUCUACAGGCUCUCUAAAGCUCUGGCUGAUAUUGUCAUUCCACAGGAAUAUGGUAUUUCUCAAGCUGAGAAGCUGGAUAUUGCCAAAGGCUAUUGCACACCACUGAUUCGCAAAAUCCGCUCAGACCUCCAGAGAACGCAGGAUGAUGACACAGUCAACAAACUUCACCCAGUUUAUUCCAGAGGAGUCAUGUCUCCAGAGCGUCAUGUCCGCACCAGGCUCUACUUCACCAGUGAGAGUCAUGUGCAUUCUCUCCUCUCCAUCCUGCGCUACGGAGCUCUCUGUGAUGAGGCCAAAGAUGAGCAGUGGAAAAGAGCAAUGGAUUACCUGAAGGUGGUCAGUGAGCUUAACUACAUGACCCAGAUUGUGAUCAUGCUGUAUGAGGAUCCCAAUAAGGAUCCAUCUUCAGAGGAGCGUUUUCAUGUGGAGCUGCAUUUCAGUCCCGGAGCAAAAGGAUGUGAGGAGGACAAAAACCUGCCAUCAGGAUUUGGCUACAGACCAGCAUCCAGAGAGAACGAAGGCUCCAAGAAGAAGCUGCAGAACGACAGCGAUGAGGAGUCGAGUAAUUUAAAGCGGGACGAGCCAGACCGAGCCCUUGUCAUGUUUCGACCAAUGGUGUCCGACCCCAUCUACAUUCACAGGAAGUCUCCUCUUCCACGAUCCAAAAAGAUCGGCUCUGUAGAAUCCCCAGUGCAGACAGAGUUUAUCAAGACCUCCACUGGCAAAGAAGAAAGCCCCCUGAGUGUGUCUAGCCCUGAGUCUAUUGGUACCUGGAUACAUUACACCUGUGGUGUUGGUACUGGGCGUCGAAGACGCAGAUCAGGGGACCAAAUAACUUCCUCCCCUGUCUCCCCCAAAUCACUGGCCUCCACAUCCAGUAUUUUUGGCUCAUGGCAACAGGUUCUGUCGGAGAACAACAGUCACACAAGGCCAGCCAGACUACACACAGAUCAGAAGCUAACUACUGGAAUAGGGUCUCAUUGUGCUGGCCUGUUUAGCACCAUGGUGCUGGGAGGCUCCUCCAGCGCACCUAACCUACAAGAUUAUGCUCGCACACACCGUAAAAAGCUGACCUCUUCUGCCUUCUUAGAUGAGGCCACGCGUGGUUCCGCUGGUAAAAGAUUUUCUAUCUCAUUUGCGCGACACCCAACCAAUGGGUUUGAGUUAUACUCCAUGGUUCCCUCCAUCUGCCCGCUGGAGACCCUUCACAAUUCACUGUCUCUUAAGCAAGUUGACGACUUUCUUGCAUCGAUUGCUACUUCCCAUGAUUCCCUGCUGGAAAUGUCUAUUUGCUCACCAGCUGUUCAGGGAAAGAAAGCUCCUUUAAACACAUACACGCCUGCAAAAGUUUUACCAUGCCCUUUCACUCAGGCUGUGGGAAAGAAGUCACCAGAGCGCACUGCACCAGCUAGUGGAAGCCCUUCUUCCAGAGUGACUCAUCCAAGCAGAGCCGAUGGUGUUCAGCACGUCGCCGCUGGAGACAGAGCAUCUGUGAGCAGCACACCUGCAAAGCCCAAACCUGAGCACACCACUGUUAGCAUCUUGGUCUCCUCUCCACCAACAUGCCGUAAAGCCCAACUUCACCCAACCUAUCAGGAAACCCAGGACGACAGUGUAUUUACCCACACUCCAACCUGGACAGGGUGCUGUAGGGUCUCAUCACGUUCUCACACAGGUGUCACAAAAGCACAUCAGGUAUCGUUCAGUGACAGCCCUGUCUGUAUUACACCCAACACAGGGGAAGCCCAGAGAGGAGCCGUACCUGUACACGAGCUCACCAAACAGACUGCUCAAGAGGAGCAACGUGAUAGCAAAAUGUCGCCAUGCUCUCAAACACCCACAAUGCAAAACUCUUCAAUAAGUGUAUCCAAAGACCACAAAGCCAUGCUUGAUUCCAUGAAACUGACCAAACUUUGAAUUUUUGCCGAAACGGUGACAAUCAGAUUGUACUGUUACUUUAAACUAUCACUUAGUGAUUGUCGUCUGAGAGAAAUCAUUUUUUAACAGUAGUGAAAUAGCAGUAGUACAGUUUGAAGUUUUAGACACGCUCGUCUUAUUGAUACUAUCGCAGACAUGACUGACUUAACGUAUGAUAUCGACAAUACACUCAUGCGUUUAUUUCUCGUAUCUGAUUCAUCUCAUAAUUGAAUGUAAACCAGAAGUGUACAUUCAUAACACAGGAUCCAUUUCAUUGUGGUCUAUUCGAGUGAAUCCUGAUUUUUACCUGAACAGCACUUAAUGAUAUUAUUAUUAUUAUUAUUAUUAUUAUUAUAAAAAGUAAAAUAUAAUGAAACGAAAAGUUCUAUUUUUACAUGUCUUUGGUUACCAAAAAAUGUGCAUUUUAUUUUUCUUUCCCGUUUAGCUGCGGAUGUCCGCCUUAAAGUAAUUAAUGUGAAAGAUAUUUUUCACUAGUUUCAUCAUGAUUGUAUAAAUAUGCAUAUAUGUAUGUAUAUUGGGAAUAAAUCUUAGUGAAACCUGUUUUAUAUGUAUGUUUUCAUUAUCUUCUGUAUGUAAAUGUAAAAUUCAGAAUGGGUAUAUACAGCAGCAUGAAAAAGUAAGUGGACUUUUCUACACAAACUGGUCACGAAAUGUAAUCUGAUUUUCAAAAAAAUUACAAAUAUAAAAAAACUAAAAAAACAGUAAUGUUGAUAAAACAGUCAUGAUUUUUUAUGUUUUUGGUAAACACGUCAAAUAAACCCAAGUGAUGGUGGAAAAAGAACCCUUAAUUGUGGGUCUUUUUUGUGAGGCAUCAGCUGAUGCGGCGAGUGAAUAGCACAUUGACACGGAGUGUUUUUUUUUUAAGUUGAGUUAGCUCUAAACCACUCCUCCAUUCACAUUUCAUUGAUCAGACUUCAGGUUUGCCAACACCUAGUUGCAGUUUGGUGACAUUACAAACCUUGUGUAUUUAACUUACUUCUUCCACCAUCAAUCAAUGUGUUUAAUAAUAGUUUAAAAGAUCAAGACUGUUUUUUAUCAGCAUGGAAGUAUGGUUUUUGUUUUUAUUUGUGAGUGGAAAUUUGCAGAAAAUCAAGAAACAAAAUAGUUCACUUUAGCAUUAAAUAAUUGCCAAUGGAAGUACAGUACUUAGUGUACUGUGGAGAAAGAGACAUAUUAUAUGCCUAACAAUGAAUAUCCAGGUUUUCCUGGAUUCUCAGCAAAGCCACAAGAAGUGUUUAGCUUUUAUAAAGUUCUUGCAUAAUGUUAAUUGGGAAACGAUUAGGUAAUUGACUUUUAUUAUCUAAAGGGAAGCUUGUUGAGAAUAAUUUUUUAUACUCCUUGCACUUACUUCAGAGAAACACGUGAAAUCUAUAAACUAAUUUUGACCUAUAAACAAUGCUGCAUAUGGUGUGAUUUCCCUCUCUAUGAAACUGCAGCUGUUUAGCAGCACAACACAUCCACUUUCUAUUCACUAAUAACACGUGUGCUGCUGAUGAUUAUACAGUAGCUCUUAAGUUAGUGUCCGCUUCCUCCUCCUUUUGUGUAGCUUUGGUUACUUAGCUACAGUAGAUGUCACAUAAGAUGUUGAGCACUUUAAAUUUUUGUGCCCACAUAACUUUCAGCUCUGGUUACAAAGCGUAAUAAGCAAGCAACAUACAGUAUCUCAGGAGACACAUAUUUUGUGGAGUUUUUCUUCCCACAUCUGCAUUCAGCUUUCAAGAAUACUCUGUAAAAAAUGUUUUGUUUUUUUUUGCAUUCGGAUGUGUUUCAACUUUUUUGUUGAAAACUUUCCUCUCACCCAUCAUCACAAGCGCCAGCUCUUGUAUAUGCUGUAAACUGUAAUUUCUGCAAUUGCAAAAAGACAAUAAAGUUCAUAAAUGAAACGUG